CAUCUACAUAUCGAGAGAAUAAGCAUGGCGGUCUUUCUACGGGGUUUACGUGCACCGAGUUUAGCCCAAGGAAUCGUCAAACUAAACUGGUCACAAACGCAAGACCUUCCCUUCUGUUGACAACCAGAGAUCCUUAAAAGAUUCAAGCAUCCGUUCACAAAUAGUAAUCGUCAGACAGGUACAUUACUGACCUCUGACUUCCAGGUCAGGUCAGUGAAGGGUCAAGUAGUUAAAGGUCAUUGAGUGGUCUGCUGUGACCUCCAUUGGUAUCGGGUAACAAUGUGGCCCGCCCAUGGGGGCCAGUGGGGGGCUCAGGCCCAGCAACAUUACUUGGCCAACGAAGGCACUGAUUGGGCCGCCCUUGCCCAAGAGUGGAUCCGCCAGCGUCUGGCCGUGGAUGCCUUAGCCCAGGAAGCCCGGGAACAAGAACAGCAUCAUCAUCAUCAUCAUCCCCCUCCUCCUCUUCCUCAGGAUGUCCCGCCUCCGUUACCUGACCAGCCCCCGCCUCCGUUGCCUGGCAACCAUCAGGAGAUGCCACACCCUCCACACAAAGACAACAGAGACCCCCAUGGUGUAAAGCAAUGGCACCAAGAUGACUUGCCUAUGCCCCCUCAGCAUGGAGGAUUCUUCAACCCCAAUGUUUGGGAGCCCAUCAACACCAACAUGCCACCCCCUGGCCAUCCCCACCACCCAGACACCCAGCUCAUGCAUGCCCCUCCACCCAUGCAGGUGCGACCCCACCUACCCCCACCUCCUCACCCCUUACCACCCCAUCCCCCGCCUCCUCUGCACCCAUCGAUGCCCCCUCAGCAUAAGCCACCCCCUCAGCUUCAGCCACCCCCGCUUGACGACAAGCCCCAAGUCCAGACCUUCGACUACGAUCACGGUAACCAAGGCAACCAGGGUAGUCAUGGCAAUGGUCAGGUGGCUCCGCAGACCUUCGAGCACAACCACGGGCUGGGAGUGCACGGCAUCAAGUCCGAGCUAAGUCACUCCGACUCGCCGCAUCGUCACUACGAGUUUGACGAGUUUGACAACCAGCAUCCUCCGAGAGAGAAGAUGAAGGAUGAACAUGAGCAGGAUGAGCAGCGUUACCAUGACUACCAUCCUCCUCCAACAAUGCAGCAUCAUGAAGGAAUGUACCCACAAGAUGAGCACGCCUUCGCACCAAACCAAGACUUCUACUACCAGCAGCAGCCUCCAUCAGACUGGUCCCACCAAGGGCUCCACCCAGACCCCCAUCAGCCACGCCCAGACAUGGGGGUGGGGGUCCCGCCUCAUGUUGAUCAGAUGCUGAGGAUGGAUCGUCAUGGCAACAUCAUCCAGGACAGACACUCUCACAGGAGUUUCCACAGACACGCGGCUGAGGAGCCCGAGGCCUUGGCAGGAACAGCUGAACUUGAUGCUAUCAAGCGCAAGUUGCUGCCGGCCUGGAUCCGGGAAGGCUUGGACUCCAUGGAGAGAGAGAAGCAGAAGAAAAUAGAGAAGGAACGACAGGAGAAAGAGAAGAAGGAACGGCUGGCGGCGAGGAGGAAAGCAGAGCAAGAGGUGGAGAACGAAAUCAGGCUGGCUCAGGGGCUGCCGCCGAAGUCUAAAUACGAUGACAGCGAUGAGGAGUCGGAACAUUCUUCCAAGAAAUCUGAGGAGUCUGAUGAUGAAGCGAAGCCAAAGGAAGGAUCUUCAUCCCAGACUGGGGAAGACGAGGAAGAGGGGGAGGCGGAGCCUGAACCUCCUAAGACGGAGGAGGAAAAAAGGGCCGAAAUGAUGAUAAAGGUGAAACAACUGAUGGUUGAAACUCUCCUGAGCGUGACGAAUGAAGAGAUGAGGUCGGUCGCAGAGGAGGUUUACAAGAGAGCCAAGUUCAAGGCUAAACAAGCCCAGAGCAAGAUCUUGUCAGUGUCCAGCUCGUCCGCACUGGCUUCCAUCUCCAAGCUCGGAGGACUGACGUCUUACGGCACGGACAGCGAUGACAGCGGAUCGGAAGAAGAGGAGGAUAAGGAGGAGGUAGACAGUGACGAGGAGCUACAUAUAUGCAUCAGAGAGAAGACCCGAGCCUGGUCUAUGCGUAAACGAGAAGAGGAGGAAAAAUCUGAAGAAGAGGAAGGUGAUGAAGAAGAUAAGAAGAGUGAUGUCAAACAAGAGGUGGCUUCUCCGGUACGAGAGGAUGCCAAACAAGGAAAGGAGAGCAAGUUAAGUCCGGCCGCAGACUCCAAGCCUUCUGUUACUGCCAAGACCAGCGAUACGGUGAAAGAGAAGAAGCGAAAGCGCAGAAGAAGCAGCAGCAGCAGCGGCAGCGAUUCAGGCAGCAGCAGCAGCAGCUCAGAUAGUAGCAGCUACAGCAGCAGCACAAGCAGCACGUCCCGCAGUCGCAGCAGGUCGCGUAGCAAAGAGCGGCAUAGACACAGGAACCGAUCGCGCAGCAGAUCUAAAAGCAGAGAACGAAAACGUUCUAGGUCCCGAGAGCGGCAGCGUAAAGAACGCUCGCCGACCCCAGAAAGAAAAAGGCAUAGAAGCCGAGAACGGGAGCGGCGGAGAAGUCGUGAUCGCGACAGAAGUAGAUCUCGUUCUUCUGGUCGAGAGAAAUCGCGCCGCCGCUCUGAGCACUAUGAAAGUGAGAGUAAGCGACGAGAGUCGCACCGAAGUUCUCACAGAAGCCCCACCCCUAAAUCCAGUAAGAAACACAAAAGCAGCAGCAGCCGCAGAAAGCGCGAGGACUCGGAGGACGAUAUGCGCGAUCGCGACAGCUCCUCAAGUCAAAGCACGUCCAAAUCUAGUUCCAAGCGUAAAAAGCGAAGCAAAACAAGCGGGCAGGACAAGAUCAAGAGGGAGAAAAGCGAUCACAGCAGGUUGCACGAGAACAGCAAGUCCAGGGACUCGGAGAAGCGAAGCCGGGACAAGAAGGAACGACGGAAGCGAUCCAGGUCGCGAUCGCCUGAGCACAAAUCCUCGAGAAGUCGCAGGGAGAAAUCUCGAUCCAGGAGCUCCGAGAGGAAAUCAGAUCGUCGUAAACGGAAGAGGGAGAGGUCAGAGAGGUCAGAGUCCAGGGAGGGGUCACUCGAAAGGUCACAUAAGAGCAGCUCCGGUAAGAGGUCUGGUCGAGAACACAGGAAUAGCACCAGAUAAAGAUUAUCCAACUCUGGCUGGAUUGUCUUUGUAAGAAGAUUUCCAACUGCCUAGGUAAAUAUUUAACAAGCAAAGUGGCAGGUCUAGGAAAAAAGAAAAGAGAAUUCGCUACUUGUUUCAACAAAUUGCAAUAAUUAUUUUUAGAAUCUGCUUGGUCCCUUAACUGAUUUUUCCUUUUUUUUUCACUUAACAAAAACUGUUGUUGCUUAAUAGAAAAGGGUCAGUCUGCCAACUACACAAAAUCUGUUUUCCGCUGGAAAUUUGUGGCUUAGAGAAAACAUGUUUUCAGCCAAAGUUUAUGAGAUGUGUAUUGCUUAAGACAAGUGUCUCAUUGGUCUUUGUUGCUCAGCGCAAAGACUUCCACUAAGCAGCCAAAGUCAAUUUGCUGAACUCAAAAUUUGGAUUUGAAUUAUUUGCCUUCCUCUUUGCUGCAAUUCUAGAUCUGCCACUGAGUUAUUGGUUAGCGAUUGUUCCUUGUACAAACUACUUACCAGAGGAGUGUUUUGGAGAAUAAAUUGGAACAUUUUUGUUUUGUUUUGGGCAUUGUUUUCAGAUUUCCGGUUCAAAUUAAUGAGUAUCCACCACAAUGUAUUUAUGUAUGCCUUGGAAAGAUCUUACAUUUUAUCAAGUUGGUUAUUAAUGUGAAAACAAUUAGAAUUAAGUUAUCACGUUUUUAUAUAGCCUGCAUCUUCACUGGAAAUAAUAUGAGCAUUUGGAAUUUUAUGGAAUGUAGAAUGUUAAUGCAUAAUUAUCCUAAACAAUUUUUUCCAUAAAGUAAAAAAAUUCUUAGUGUCAUUGCAUGCUUUGUACAAUAAUGUAAUAAGGGCAUUACAGUGGACUCUCGGGUUCCUCAGGACUACCCUGCUCAAUCCAACAAAAUCCAACGGUUACUUCCUGCUCAAUCCAACAGAAUCCAACAGGAGCAAAUUUUAAGUUGUCUGCGUGUCGUGAUCCAACAGAGUCCAACUUGGCGUUAUUUAUCAGUACCCAACAGAAUCCGACUCUGAAUAUGUACAUUUGUACGAGGGGUUUACUGCUCAAUCCAACAGGUUCCAACGGGUUUAUGAUAAAGUUGGAUCCUGUUGGAUUCAGCAGGGGUACUGUUGGACAUUCGUAACCUCUAGGGGGUGGUGCGAUAUACGUAGGUCUUCAUUAUAAAAUCAAACAGGGUCCAACGGUUACUUUCUGCUCAAUCCAACAGAAUCCAACUGUACCUAAUUUUAAGUUGUCUGCGUGUCGGGAUCCAACAGAGUCCAACUUUGCGUUAUUUAUCGGUACCCAACAGAAUCCGACUCUGAAUAUGUACAUGUACAUUUGUACAAGGGGUUUACUGUCAAUCCAACAGGCUCCAACGGGUUGAUGAUAUAGUUGGAUCCUGUUGGAUUCAGCAGGGUUAGGGUUACAAAUUCAGCCAGACCUAGCAAAAAGGUUUGUUAUAUCCGAAUGUUGCAUUAAGAGGAGUGCCAGUCCCAUUCACUGUGCACAUAAAGCACCGUCGGGACCAAGGCUUUAUGUUUGCUAUAACCAGAAUUGUAUUAACAGUUUUUGUAUUGACGAGAGUCGACUGUAGUUCCUUUUGUUUUGAACUCGCCUAAACAGCUGGCAAAAUGCUGCCCUAAUGUUUUCAGAAUUAACUUGACAGUCGGCAGUGAUACCAUGUUGACUAUCGGCAGGAUUCAUUUUAUAUGCAUGCAUGUUAUUAAUUUAUAAGGGAAUUUGUAUACAAAACACACAACUUGAAAAUAGAAGAUGGCGACAAUGCCACAGAACGUAGAAGAAACAGUUGGGACUUUCUUUGUCAAAAAAACACAUUUUCUUUGUUACAAAUAGGCAUGAAGAUGGACUUUUGUCAUUGUAAUUUCUAUGAUGUUGAAGAAAGCUUGGCAUGUUUGCGCUCCGAACAACUCUGAAGUUGGUUACGAUUAUACAUCAUUGCUUUCUUAAAUGAAUUUGACUAAAGGGUUAAAGAGGAAUAACAUCUGCAUGCAAGAAAUGUGGCGCCAAAAAUCAACUUAAUUAUGGGAGAAUGUUCUGCCACACAUUGUUAAUUGAUAGUGUCAUGGUUUUUUUCUGUGUUGGGUUAAUUUUUAUUGGGAAAACAGUGGCAAAAUAUUCGAACUUUUCAUUAUUUGUACAUUAGUUUUUGUACAGUCUAGCAAAAUGUUGUUGAAAGGAACAGCCUGAGAGUGAUGUCAAUGCAUUCAUGUAAUAAAGUUUUUUUUUAAUUCGAAAUUGAAA